AUGGCCUGGGGGAAAGAGCCUUCGUCGUCGCCUGGAUUGCCGGAACUUAUCAUAACUGCUGAACUGCGUAAUCUCAAUGUCGACUUUACCAAGUGCAUCAACACUAUUUGUCUUUCCAAUUUUACCAUCCAGUACCGUGUUGACCUGCGUAUCAACAUCGUAGGGGGACUUGGGAGCGGGGACGGCGUCGCGGUCGAUGCUAGUCGCCGUUCGGAGAUUUUCCGACAGCUCCCCAGCCACUUUAAGCGCCUUGUCAACGUUCCUGCCGAGAUUGUAAUUAUCAUCAUCUUCACCGGUGAACGAGUAAAGCUCCCCGCCAGCCUGCCUGGCCGCACCGACGAGUUGUUGAAGAACCAUACGGACAGCGCCUCUGAGGUAUAG